AUGCAGGGACCCGUUACCUGGACCUAUCGCACCAUUAAGAAACAGAUUCAGAAGAACAAGUCCUCGGCCUCAACAGAGCAGUCGCAACCAUCAAAUAAAGCGUCGAAGCAGUCAUGUCCCCACAGACCGGCUGCCGAACCAGAUGCUCCGAAGUGUGAGAUCUGCGCCGCAGAGAAGAGUGCCGCGCGAAAGUAUCGAUGGAAGCUGCUUCUCCUGCUGCUUCCCGGCUUCUUCACCUCCAGUCUGGACUUGACCGUCGUUGCGACUGCCCUGCCAUUCAUGGCCUCGCAUUUCGACAAGUUCAAUCAACUCAACUGGAUUGUCACAGCGUUCACACUCACAGAUACCGCCUUCAUCCCCAUCUUUGGCCAGCUUGCCGACAUCUUCGGUCGAUUCGCAGCUCUCGAGUUCGCUGUCGUCACAUUGACCAUUGGCAGCGUACUAUGUGCCGCUGCUCCGGUCUGGGCAGUCCUACUGCUCGGCCGAGCCUUGCAGGGUGUCGGUGCUGCAGGCAUGACCAACGUUUCAAUGAUCAUCCUUGCCGACCAAGUUUCUCUUCGAGAGCAAGCAAUCAACACUAGUAUCUUCCAACUAUUGAACGGCAUCGGCUACAGUGUUGGUCCUGUCAUUGGUGGUUAUCUUACCAAUGCCAGUUGGCGCUACACAUUUGUGCUUUGCGCCGGCAUGAGUGCAGUGAGUUCCUUCACGAUCGUCUUCUUGAGGCAUGACCUCAAAGCCGGACAAGUCUCGCUGUUUGACGCAGGGUCGUGGCUUCCUCGAUUGGAUGCUCUGAUUUCUGGUUGCGCCAGCCUAGACCUUGGAGGAGCCUUCUUAUUCAUUGCUGGUGUCGCUCUCAUCAUCCUCGGUACGUCUUGGGGCGGCUCGAGCUACCCUUGGUCAUCUGCUGGUGUUAUAGCGCCACUUGUUAUUGGAGCUGUCCUCUUCAUUGGCUUCAUCAUCUACGAGAAGCUCCUGGAGCCUGGAAAACCUUUGGCAAGACUCUUCCCCAGGACUAAAGCCAUGGUGCCAUUCGACAUCCUUCUAGAGAAGGAUGUUGCUCUCGUUUGCGUCAUUGCCGCUGCGACAGGCGCUGCCAUGUACUCGGCAUUCUACUUCAUCGGCAUCUACUUUACCCUAGUGGAAGGUUAUGAAUCAGGCGAAUCCGGCCUCCAGCUGCUCUACUAUGUUCCUGGUCUAGGUGUUGGCGUUUAUGCCGCGAUGUUCAUGUGUAACGUCAAUCCCCGCCAGACGUUCUGGCCAUUGUUGCUCGGUUCCGUUGUUGAGACUGCCGGUCUCUCUGCCCUAACUUAUGCCACCAAAAAUGCAGACCACACGUUGGUCAAUGCCAUGAUGGCUAUUGCUGGGUUUGGUACUGGCAUUCGAUUAAUGCCGGAAAGUCUCCACCUGGCAGGGAUGUUCCGCAACAGGCUUGCCCCAGCGUAUAGUAUGCUCCGCUUCGCCAUGCCUUUCGGCGGCACAUUGGCGCUCACGGUCAUGGGUGCCGUUUUCCAGAACAAGAUGGCUGCCUACUUCGGAAAUCCAGCCGUCUCGCAACAGCUCGGCGUUGGUGGGGAAAGCGUCAAUGUUCACAACACAGCGUCCCUAGAUGCAGUGAACAGAGCCCCACCUGAGGUCCAGGAAGCUAUCCGUUCGACUGGCGCAGAUGCGGUCAUGUGGGCCUUCAUCUCCAUCAUGCCUUUCAUCGGUCUAGCUCUGCUUGCCAAUCUCUUCUUGGGCAAUGUGUGGAUCUCGAAAAGCGAGAAGGCUAGAGAUGUCGAGGGCUAUGCAAGACCUGAAAGCUCAGAUACAGCAGCUGACUUGAUACGGCAACAACGUACUGUUGUGCAGCGAGAUGGUCUGCCCGACAUAUUGAGUGGCGUUUAUCUCCGUGCUUUGUUCACUGGUACUGUCAAGUCCAAGAUGCACUCCGGACCAUCAGAGAUCGAUUUGUAUGUAAAUGAACGAGAGCAGAGCGAUCACAAGAUGGAAGCAAUCCAGCGCAAGGGGCCGGCGUCGAUGGAGGGCUAG